AAACAAUGACCCAACAAAUCAAAGACACUGCUCAAAAAACCUAUUUUUUCCUCCCACUUUAUAUUCCUAACAAUUCAGUGCUCCCCGACUGUCAAUCAAAUAAUAGAUUACUAACUUCUGAGUAGAUUCUAAGAAGUGAUGCUAAAGCUACUCCAAUUCCCCUUAUGGGUUUCUUCAACCAACCAUGUCAAGUUAUGGCAAACAAUCAAAUUGACAUCCCUCCCAAAGGUGGAUUCUCUUUUGAUUUGUGUAAAAGAAAUGAAAUGCUUAUUAAGAAAGGUAUUGAAGAGCCAAAGUUUCGCAAAACAGGAACGACAAUUGUUGGUCUUGUGUUCAAGGAUGGAGUCAUACUUGGGGCCGACACCAGGGCAACUGAAGGACCAAUAGUGUGUGAUAAUAACUGUGAAAAAAUACAUUAUAUUGCACCAAAUAUAUACUGCUGUGGUGCUGGAACUGCUGCAGAUACAGAAGCAGUAACAGGUUUUGUUUAUAUUUUUCUAUUGUUCCUCGGAGAAUAUUUAUCACUUUCAAUGCAACUGGUUGUUAGUGCCCUCACUAUUCUAAAAUCCCAUCUAUUCGGUUACCAAGGCCAUGUGAGUGCAGCCUUAGUACUUGGUGGGGUGGAUAUUACUGGAACACACUUACAUACGGUAUAUCCUCAUGGAUCAACAGACACUCUACCUUUUGCCACAAUGGGUUUUGGAUCUCUUGCUGCUAUGGCAAUGUUUGAAUCACGAUACAAAGAAGGGUUAAAUGUAAGUUCAAAUGUUUAUUUGCAGUUACAUCUCUGUGCAAUGCAGGUAACUUUAUUUGUUUGCAACAGUUUGGACCAAACUCCUUGUGAACUUUGUUGCACAUUUUUGGUGCUUAAGUUUUCAAUUUAGAUUGUAAUUCAUGUUAUGGAAUUGCUUGCUUUAGCAAGUCGUCCUUUCUAAUUUUGCAUUUGUUUGUAUUGUCACUCAUAACUGGGUGCUGGAUAGAAAAUGCAUGUGUGUGUAUCAUUGGGUUUGUGUUCAUUUUUUUAGUUUGGCAAGGAAAA